AUGACGACGGCAGCGACCCCAGCUGAGAUGAUCCCUCAGCUCGAGGCUGCUCGUAAACUCGCUCUCGGGGAUCCUCAAGUGUACAAUCAGGUCCUGCCCGGGAUCUUGCCUAUCAUCGGUUCUACUCCCCAUGUCGAAGUUCGAAGAUGGGGCGCAGACUUUCUGGCCGAAGCCUUCUCAAGUCCUUCCCUACCAAACGCACAGAAAGAGCAGUUGUCGACGGAAGUGGUACCAGUCCUAAGAGCAAUGCUGGAGACGCAAGGGCAGGACAUGGAGGUUGUCAAGGGCGUGGUUCAGGCGGCGGCCAGUUUAUAUCCUUUGGUUUUCAGACGAGUAAUAUCGCGUCCCCCGGAGGCUACAUUAUGGCAAGAAAUGAGCACAAUGAAGUUGAACAUCCUGCAGCGCAUGGACUCUGCCCCGGUUGCGAUCAGGAUAUGCUGCAUCAAGUUCGUCCAGAAAGUGGUGCAGGUCGAGACCCCUGGAGUCAUUACAGAUCCUCGACGACCCGACCAAAACGAAGUAUCUAUAGCUCUUGUCCCGAGAACUCAUCCUUUCCUACAGUUACCAAACCUCGAAGCUGAAGCAUCAGGCUUGCUGGACAGACUGUUGGGUGUCUUCCUCGAGAACUCAAUGGAUCCGAUUGUGAUUGAUGCCACUCUCAAUUGCUUAGCAGUUCUUAUUCGAACCAGACCUCCCAUUUCAACCAAGAUUGUAUCUGCCAUCCUCAAUUUCAACCCUAUAAAGCAAGUCAAUUCUCCUAUGACCCCUCGAAUCAUGGUUAUUGUUCGGUCGAUGGAGAGGACAACACGAGCGCUGUUAAAAUGGGUACUGCGGACGUGUCCCAAUCAUCCGCUAGAACAAAAGAUACAAGCAUACCUCAUGCGUUUGCAGCAAUCGAGAGCAACUUUGUUCGCAGACCCAACGGCUCAAAAACGUCCUGCAGAACCUACGGAUGGUCUCGACGAUGCGAAACGACAAAAGCUUACGGCCGGUCCACGCAAAUUUCCUCCCAUGCCGCCACCACCAAACUCCUACGCUCAGCUGUAUACCCUGACAGAGGAUAUCAGCCUUCAACAAUUUGAUGUAACACUACUUCCACAUGACAUUGUCAGCACAGUUACCGGUGUCUUUUUGCAGCAUGUUGACUCAAACUUGCUUGAUGAAGCGAUCAAUGCGGUAAGAGCGAGAUACACCCAUCUCCAGAAAAUGAACCUGCCCACUCCAGUACCUGCGGUGCCACUGGCAGGCCCGACAGGUAUCGACGACGAAGACGAUUAUGACCCAGAGUUCCUCUCAGGUUCCGAACACAAUAUUGAGCCAACUACAGAGAAGGCUCUUGAACAACUCGCCCAACCUGCCAUCGAAUUGGGCCCAUUCGAACUCCCCAAACCUCCUCCCUUGACCGGUGCAGAGGUGGCCACGUUAUCUGACCAAACUGUCGGUCAUGUAUUUCAACUGGUGACCUCCUUGGACGCGGCCGGUCAGGCUCAUCCCAAGACCAAAGUCGGUUUCAAUCGACUAGCUGCAAGCACCAACGAUCGCGACUCUUGGAUUACGAUCCUUGUCCGUCUGGCAACAAGAGCGCCAUCGUGUCUAGAAGAUCUCGCACAUUCCUUGAGCGACGAUGAGAACGCUGGUGCAAUCGUGAAAUUGGAAGAUAUCGAGGCGCCAAAUGUCGCCAAUCGGAUCAGGCAGACGUUGUUCAUGUAUAUUCUAGAUGACUUCCGAUCUCGUCUGAACAUCGCCAUCUCAUGGCUGUCGGAAGAAUGGUACGCCGACAAGAUGACAGCCAAAACGCAUCCCGAGCUCCAACAUCUACCAAACUACAACAGAUGGGUACUUCGCAUUCUCGACCGCCUUCUGCCCUAUCUCGAUGCAAGAGAUAGGAACCUCUUGAUCCGGUUUUUGUCUGAAAUUCCCUCAAUCAAUCAAGAGCUCUUGAACAGGGUCAAAUCGUUGGCUAGAGAUCCUGAACGUCUCAGCAUGUGUAUACUUUCCAUGCAGUAUCUCCUGAUGAUGCGUCCACCUGUUCGGAAUCUGGUCCUAGACACGAUCCAAUCAAUCUGGCACGAAGGAGACUCGCAGGCCAAGACUGCGACAGCAAAAGUACUGACGAAAUGGAGGCCCGGUUUCUUGCAGGAAGCAGCGCGGGCAAAGGAGGAAGAGCUAGAAACAAACAACGAGGUCAAGUCAAAUGGCCUCAACAGUCCUCCUGCCGUCCCGACGGCUGAGCCCCUUGACCCAAGAAGAAGAAAUGUCAAGCCUGCAAUUGCUGCAGGAGAAGGUUGAUAUCCAUAAACCCUCAAGUGUAUUUUAGGUAGCAAUCACGAAUGUGAUAUGUGACUGGAUCGAGCCGACCGAGUACCUAAAGAAUCAUGAAAUGAC